AUGGAAACCUCGGAAGUCGACACGUCCAUACUGAGUUCGUUGCACGGUAACCGGUACGAUUACUUGCGGGCAGACGACAAGGAGAGCUUUGGCGAUUCGGCUUUCCUGGCCGAGAACCUUGACAAAGAACUGCCAAAAACACUGCCCGAACUGUCUGAAAUCACGGACAGUGACACUUAUCUGCGCAACAACGAACCGUCGCAGAUGAUGACUAUUGACAGUUCAUGGAAUGAAGAUUCAACAUCAUGUUUUCCAACUUCAACAAACUCAAGUUUUCCUAUACCACUUCCAGGUCCUAGUGAUUUUGAUGAGUUCAAUAGUAUUCAAACUGUUCCCAGGGCUGAAACACCAGGAUUAGGGUUAAGCACAAUUUUUGCCGCUGAUGGUGAUUUAUCUGAUUCAACUGCUGAAAUUGGUGUUUGUGGUCUUCGAAAUCUCGGUAAUACAUGUUUUAUGAGUGCAGGCUUACAAGCUCUUUUAUCAACAGAGAGUCUUGUAUCAUAUUUUUUGAACUUUGACGAUGAUGGAUCUGAAGACACAUUGAUUGGACAAUUUUCUGAUCUUGCUAAACGUGUUUGGAAUGGACAGUACAGUGUUAUUAAUCCACAUCAGUUCAAAUAUGUGUUGGGAAAACGAUAUGCACAGUUCCGGGAUUGCAGCCAGCAUGAUUGUCAAGAAUUCUUGGCUCUUUUAUUAGACAGCCUAAAUGAUGAACUAUUGAUGCAUUUUGCCAAACACUGCAAACUAACAUCACGCAAAACUCGUAAGUCUCCAAAUCCCAGAAAAUUAUUGCCACGUGAAGUUGAUGAGUUUGUUAGUUCAUCUGAAUUUGAUUUACCUCAAACUUUAAGUGACAUUUUAACAGAAAAUAUAUCUGAGAACCAAGACUUCAUGGCACAGAAAGCGAAUAAUACAGACGCUGAUGUUCUUGUGUCACCAAAUAUUGAUGAUGGUACCAUAUCUUCAUGCGAGCCAGAGCUCCUCAAGACCAAGGUUCAAAUUAAUGAUUUGUUGAAUGGAAAAAGGGAAAUAUGUUGUGAUUCCUCAUCUGAUUCGAGACUUAUGGAUUUGAAGCGUGUGAAAUUAGAUGAUAAUAAAAUACCUAAGACAGAGCUUGUAGAAGCUGAUUCAAUAGGAUCUAAUAUUCUUGAGAAGCACGUACAACAAGAUUCCAUUAUUAAUAAAAUAUUUCAAGGACAGUUUGAAAGUUCUGUAACAUGUCUUGAAUGUAAUUAUGUGUCUGUCAUGCAUGAACCUUUCAUGUAUCUGUCUGUACCUUUACCGUAUGCUACUCAACAACAAAUAUACAUAACAUUUGUUAGUGCUACACAUAAUCCACCAAUGAAGUACCUGAUUACCGUAAACAAACAGGAUGAUAUUAAAAAGGUUAAAAGCGAGUUAGUAAAUUUGAUAGGCGAAGACAAACACCCUGACAUGUUGGUUGUAGCCGAAGUUUUUAACAGACAUAUUUCAAAAAUAUUAAGUGAUGAUCAUCAAGUGAGGAGUGUUGACUCUAAUAAUCGUGAUUUGUAUGCAUUUGAGGUGUUGGAAAUUAAUUUGGACCUUGUGAAUGGGGAUGUCGAAGAAUUAACUGAAGGAGACCCACAAAUCGAGCCAAUGGAUAUAGAUUCUGUAACAAUUGAACAAGGAGACAUUUGUACCAUAUGCUUGGAGUAUAAACCUAAUAUGGUACUCCACAAAGAUAUCAAAGAUUGCACUUGUGUGUUGUGUGAAGAAUGCAUAAAAUCGAGUUGUUUUCAUUCUAGUGGAGAUAAAGAUCAAAUGGACUGUCCCGUUUGUAGAGUAAGAAUAGAUCCUAAGGUUGAUUUAAUUCCAAUCGAACAACCUGCUGGUAGUACAAAUAAAGCUAUACGACGAUUGACUAUUCCAAUCGUGUUUAAACAAGCUGACGGAAAAAGUUUAAUUGGUCGACCAGCAUUGGUUCGUUUACCAAGUGAAGUUCCUGCUGAAGUACUUUAUGUCGAAGUUGCCAAACUUCAUCCUUACACUCAAGAUUUCUCACUAUCUUUAGUUGAUGGUCAAGGGACCAUGUGCUCUAGAUGCAUGUGGGAUGUACAUUGUGGCGGCUGUGUGAUUACCAACAAAAAUGGUGUAAUCAAGUUUCGCAGCGGUGAUACACUGGCUGUUACCUUUAUAGAUUAUGUAGAUGUUUAUUUGUUAGACACUAAAUUGCAUCCAGGAUCUACCGAACAAAUGCGAUCAAAUAAACCUCUAUCAAUAUAUGAUUGCAUUAAUGCUUUUUGCCAAAGUGAACUUUUAGAUGAUAAUAAUCCUUGGUGGUGUCCGUCCUGCAAAAAGAAUCAACGCGCCACUAAAACAUUGUCCAUUUCCAAGUAUCCUAGAUGUCUCAUUGUAUACUUAAAAAGGUUUGUUUUCCAUGAAAAUUGGGGAAUAAAACUACAAGACAGUGUAGUAUUUCCUUUGGAUGGAUUGAUAUUGGAUAUAAAAGAAGAAAUAGUAUAUGAUUUGUAUGCUUGCGUUUGCCAUACUGGAAGUACUUCUAUGGGUCACUAUACAUCUUAUACUAAACACGUGGAUACAGAUGAUUGGCACUAUUACAAUGAUGAAACAGCCAUUAAAACAACACCAGGACAAGAAGAUUAUUGUAACGCAUAUAUUUUGUUCUACAAGAAACAAGGAUUACCUGACGACGAUGCUGAUUCCUCAGGACUAUGA